AUGAUGCAAAUGAUGGAGAGAUGGGGUCACCCGGACUGCGCGCAAUCAGAGGAAUGCACGGGCAAUCCUCAUUUGCGACUGAUCUGUCUGCUCUCGGGGGGCGAUGAAGGCAAGAUUUACUGCGAGGCGUGCUGGCGUCGACUUACCGAGCAAAAUCCAGAUCUCGUUGGCUUUUUGCGGGAUGGCGAGACGAGUGAAGAUCGACAAGCCGCAGCCGGCGUGGACAAGAAUCGUGGAAGUGUGAAUCCCUUGCAAGAUCAAGAAGUCCAACAGCUACGACUGGAGAACAUAAAGUUGAAACAAGAAAACCAAUCGUUGAGAAUGCAAUUGCAAGCCUUGCCUCCAGCAGUACUCGAAACUGCAGCCUGGAUUCGUGACGAGCUGCCUCGUCUCUUGAGGGCUUGUGUUUAUGUGAGCGACGGUUUUUUGGUGGACAUUCCCAUCUUAGCUCUACGACAAACACACGGGCAUGUCAAUGCAUCGCUCGCCUUCGGUGAUGAUCAUGGCAACUCCCAGGAGAGCAUCUUCAAGCUCGUUGAGCAGCUGUUUCGUGGUCGAGUAACACCUGGUGAAAUGGAACCAUUGCAAGUCAAGCUUCCCAAAGAUGCUGCAGAUGACCUUGGCAUCCGCUCCCGGAACAACCGCAGACUACUUGCAUUCAGGGCCUUGCAGAGCUGGACACUGGACGAGUGCAUCAAAGUGCCUUGUAUUGCACGUUCGCACAGCGCAUACUUGCGCGAUGCAAAGUUCAAGCGCUGGUUUGACAAAGGCGAUGAUGGCCUUUCAGGCUGGUCAAUUAGCAGCAGAGAGGGAAUAGCACAACACCGUGGUCGGCCGAUGUUCAACACUGCGGUUGCCACAGAGAUUGGAUUGAGACGGCUGGUCGAGCGGGAGAAAGCCCACGCCGAUGCCGAUUGGCAGAAGAUUGAGCCGGCCGAAAGGCUGCUUCGGGAUAUCAAGCGGCGGCCGGCUUCCAAGGACAACGACGAGGAGACACUGACCUUCGGCAGCAGAUCUGAGCACGCCGAGUCGUCGCAGCCUGCAGCGAAGGCUGUCGCAACGAAGUUGACGAAACCUCGACAUGGAAAGCAAGUGAAAGCAAGUGAACCCGAAGCCCAAAACCCCUGGUCCUGGGCAGCCCAGGACCCCGACCCCUGGUCCUGGGCAGCCCAGGACCCCGACCCCUGGUCCUGGGCAGCCCAGGACACCUGGGAUGACUAUUUGUAUGAUUCGGGCCGCGGCCUUUCAGAUUCGUUUAGAGCUGCUUCUGGUUUCUGA